AUGGCUUCGACUACACAGAAUUCAACACUUCCCUCCUUAUCGUUAGCUUCCAAGUUUCAGCGACUAAACGGUUCCCGAGCUAUUGCAAGAGUAUUGCGAUGGGACACGACAUGGACACUCGCCCAAUGUCCUUUCUGCGAACAACCCCAUCGGCAUACCAUCAGCUUCUUCCCAAGCGGCGAGGAGAGUGUACGUCAGCCGAGGUCAAACAGUCCAUACACUUUCCGAGGAUUGGAGCCAGAGACAAUGUGGUUAUUCAUCGCACCAUGCAUUACUGCCGGCUACACAUACAGGCUUGUCUUUCCUUUUGAAAAGCAUGAUGCUGUGAGAAAGCUGUCGUGGCAGAUCGGGACCUCUCUAUCUGACAAGACUGACAACUCCCAUUUUGAAUGUUUCGAAACGGUUAGUUUCCAGGACCCCGGAGUGAAUCCUUUGCCGGAGCCUACCCGGUCAAGUCAGAGCAACAGCUUGAUGGACCACUUUGAGAGCAUCAGCAUCAAAGACCAUGCUGUUCCUUUUGGAAACCAGAGACGGGACAAUGUCAUCAGCUCUGCCCAGGCAAGGGACUUGCCAAAGUUUAGGACAGAGGCAAACGAAAAAGGGGAUCGUUGGGGUUGCGUUCACGACUACCCGACUUGCCCUCACUUCAACCACGACCUACGCAUUGAAGGAACUCUAGGCUCUCCAAGACUAUCCAUAGAGGUGGCCCACGGCAACCGCACAAAUGUGCAGGAACUCCUUCGACUAGGCGUAGACAUUAAUGCAGGGGACAAUCGAGGCCGCACACCCCUGAUGGAGGCUGCCCUCUGGACUCGUGUCGAAUUGGUCGGGAUACUCCUCGCCGCCGGGGCAAGUGCGACACAGAAAGACCGAGACGGGAGAGUUGCUGCCGACUUUGCCGAGGAGAAUGAUAGAAACGACGAAGAGAGGGAGUAUCGCCACGUCGAUUACGCAGAGAAACCGUUCAAGUCAAAGAGCCGUCGGAGACACAUUAGAGCUCUUCUUGGAGUUGCGCCUCCUAUUCAUUCUCAACUCGCCAAGACGAAUCUCGCCAAUUUGUCCCAACCCCGGUUCGUCAAGUCUUCAGACGCGAAAACUGCUGUGUUGAUUAAUUUAAAACGAGGCAUCCCGAUCGCGCGUCAGGAUCAGACGGUAGGUGUCCUUAUUCGAGGCGGAUCCUUUGAGACAGUCGUCGCCGUUGGCGGUUGGGCUGGCAUCGGCACCCAGUCUCCGUUGAUUGGGAGCGAAUUCAGCAAGCUAGACUCUAACUACUGGGCGUAUAAGACGCUAAGCUUUGCAAAGAGAAUUGGGUUCGUUUUCGAGCCUCACGAGCUGGAUCCGAGUUCUGCACAGGGGUUGCAUCACGCCAGUCACGUCGAAGCUCAGUUGCUUUGCUUCGUUGCGGACAAGCAUCAAUUAUUUGUUGAGGACGUUGAUGAUCGCGACAGACAAAUCAAACUCGAAAUUCUGUUCCACUACCAACACAUGGAGACGCUCACAAAGGCCGAGAUUGUGAUCAGUCAGAAGCCAUUUUCUAGUUGCCUCCUGUUUAUGGAAUACGUCGCGAAGCGAAUGUGGUUGGAUUUCGUUGUGGUGGUGGCCAAAGAGAUAAUCCUGACAUGA